AUGAUGUUGUAAACAAAGAAGUCCAAUGUAAAAAUUACUGUUGAUUAAAAAUUCGAGACCUGCAUUUAAAAAAAUGUGACAGAUAUCAGGUCUGAUCAAGGAAGUUCUUAGAAGAUUCCUGGAAAUAGCUAUAAGGUGGAAAAACCCUCUCAUUCGGAAGCUAAAACAAAGCAAUCAGAACCUAUCCAAAAAUAGAUUCCUUCUUUGAUAAAUUAAAGAAAAAUAAGUGAUAAUUAACAUCCUCUAAAACCCACAGAAGUGACAAAAUGUUACGUUGACAAUUCUUAGCUGAUACAAUAAUUAAUAUAAGAAAAUAUUAAACUAAAAAAAUAAAACUUAGCUAAAGAUUCAAUCAUAAAUUAGUUGAUAACAAAUAAUGACAUUUCCAAAGUAAAUCAGUUGAGAUCAAGCACAUCCUAAACUGAAAGAUUAUGUAAUAAAUAAAAGAACUAACAGAACAAGUAAAAGAAUUCACAUAAGAGUAUGGAAGAACUAUCCUCGCUCGGAUUCACAUUUUGCAAUACGGAAUAAAAAAAUAACUAAUUAGAUUCUGGAUAAGUCUCUAUAAAAUCAUCAAAAAGCCCCAAUAAAUUGCCAAAAGAAUUUUUGAUAAUUCCAAGUCAAAAAAAGUAUUUUGUGUGAGUCUUUUGUCAGAUAGGUUUCAAUGAGGAGUAGUUAAUUAUAAUAAAAUAUUAUAUAUAAAAUUAAAAU